UGAUAGCUAUGGGUACUUCCCCACGGACGUUCCUGAUCCUGGGAUGUUUUCUCACAGGACCCUUCCUAACAUUUUGCCAGCUUCCUCUGCCGACUAUUGUUCCCAAUCGGAACGAAAUGGUGGUACAGCUGAAUUCCAAUUUCACGCUCAAAUGCUCUGGAGACAGCGAAGUGAGCUGGCAGUACCCAGUGAUGGAGGGAAGCCACAGGAUAGACAUUAGACAUGAAGAAAACAACAGUGGCCUCUUCGUGACGGUGCUCGAAGUAGGAAAUGCCUCAGCCGCUCAUACGGGCUUGUAUGUUUGCUAUUAUAACCACACUCAAGUGGAGGAUGGGGAAGUGGAAGGGAAGGACAUCUACAUCUAUGUGCCUGACCCAGACAUGCCUUUUGUUCCUUCUAUACCAGAAGACCAGUUCAUCCUAGUAGAAGAAGGCGAUCCCACCGUUAUCCCUUGUCGGACAAGUGACCCUAAUGCUCAAGUGACUUUAAUUAACAGCUUAGACAAGGCUGUCUAUGCUUUCUAUGACAGCAAACAAGGCUUCAUAGGGAAUUUCCCCGCAGGCUCAUAUACAUGCAAAACAAUGGUUAAAGGUGUGGAGUUCAAGUCCGAUGAGUUCCUCGUCUAUAUUUUAAGAGCUACUUCACAGCUCCCAGUUGAAAUUGAAGCUCUUAAAACUGUCUACAAAACAGGCGAGACCAUCGUAGUAACUUGUGUGGUCUUUGACAAUGAGGUGGUUAAUUUACAGUGGAAUUAUCCUGGGAAAGUGAAAGAAAAAGGUCUGAUAAAACUUGAUGAUAUCAAAGUCCCAUCGCAGAAGCUGGUUUACACCUUGACCAUUCCUGAGGCAUCAGUGAAAGACACAGGGGAUUAUGAAUGUACUGCUCGGCAUGCAACCAAGGAGGUUAAGGAAAAUAAGAAAGUAGUCAUUACAGUCCAUGACAAAGGUUUUGUUCACCUGGAGCCGCAGUUUAGCCCUCUGGAAGCUGUCAAUCUACAUGAAGUCAAAAACUUUGUCGUUGAUGUGCAGGCAUACCCAGCACCAAAAAUGUACUGGUUGAAGGAUAACGUGACUCUGAUUGAAAAUCUUACUGAGAUUGUUACUAGUUCCAACAGAGUCCAGGAAACAAGGUUUCAGAGUAUAUUAAAAUUGAUCAGGGCCAAGGAAGAAGACAGCGGAUACUAUACUUUGGUUGCUGAAAAUGAAGAUGAAAUUAAAAGAUACACCUUCUCCUUGCUAAUACAAGUUCCAGCCCUGAUCUUAGACCUCGUGGAUGAUCACCACGGCUCUGCUGGUGGGCAGACAGUGAGGUGCUUGGUGGAGGGGACCCCGCUUCCCGAUGUGGAAUGGUUGGUUUGCAAGGACAUUAAAAAGUGCAGCAAUGACACCUCAUGGACUCUUUUGACUAACAAUAUCUCUGAUAUACACAUGGAAGCCCACCUGGAUGAGAAAAACAUGGUGGAAAGCCAGGUGACUUUCCAGAAGGUAGAGGAAACCCUGGCUGUGCGAUGCGUGGCAAGGAAUGACCUUGGUGCUGUUACUCGGGAACUGAAGCUUGUGGCUCCCACCUUGCGAUCAGAACUAACGGUGGCUGCUGCCGUCUUAGUGCUGUUGGUGAUUGUGAUAAUUUCACUGAUUGUCCUGGUCAUCAUAUGGAAGCAGAAGCCGAGGUAUGAGAUAAGAUGGAGAGUCAUUGAGUCUAUCAGCCCCGAUGGCCACGAAUACAUUUAUGUGGACCCAAUGCAACUGCCUUAUGACUCCAGAUGGGAGUUUCCUCGAGACGGGUUAGUGCUUGGUCGAAUCCUUGGUUCUGGUGCAUUUGGAAAAGUAGUCGAAGGGACUGCAUAUGGAUUGAGUCGCUCUCAACCGGUGAUGAAAGUAGCUGUGAAAAUGCUGAAACCUACAGCGAGAUCCAGUGAAAAACAGGCGCUCAUGUCUGAACUGAAGAUAAUGACACAUCUUGGGCCCCACCUGAAUAUUGUGAAUCUGCUUGGAGCUUGUACAAAAUCAGGUCCUAUUUACAUCAUUACUGAAUACUGCUUUUAUGGUGAUUUGGUGAACUAUCUGCAUAAGAACAGGGACAAUUUCCUGAACCGACACCCAGAGAAGCCAAAGAAAGAUUUGGAUAUCUUUGGGAUGAACCCAGCUGAUGAAAGCACAAGAAGCUAUGUGAUAUUAUCAUUUGAAAACACCGGAGAAUACAUGGAUAUGAAACAAGCUGAUACCACUCAGUACGUGCCAAUGCUGGAAAGGAAGGAGGGAUCUAAAUACUCUGAUAUUCAGAGAUCUGUGUAUGAUCGGCCUGCUUCAUAUAAGAAGAAAUCUAUGUCAGAAUCAGAAGUCAAAAACCUUCUUUCAGAUGACAGUUCAGAGGGCCUUUGCUUACUGGAUUUGCUGAGCUUCACCUACCAGGUUGCACGGGGAAUGGAAUUCUUGGCUUCUAAAAAUUGUGUGCACCGUGACUUGGCAGCUCGUAAUGUCCUCCUGGCUCAAGGAAAAAUCGUGAAGAUCUGUGACUUUGGGCUGGCUAGAGACAUCAUGCAUGAUUCCAACUAUGUCUCCAAGGGCAGCACUUUCCUCCCGGUAAAAUGGAUGGCACCUGAAAGCAUUUUUGACAAUCUGUACACAACAUUAAGUGAUGUCUGGUCUUAUGGCAUUCUACUGUGGGAAAUAUUUUCUCUUGGUGGCACACCGUAUCCUGGCAUGAUGGUUGAUUCUACUUUCUACAAUAAGAUCAAGAGUGGAUACCGAAUGGCCAAACCUGAUCAUGCUACCAAUGAAGUGUAUGAGAUCAUGGUGAAGUGCUGGAACAGCGAACCAGAGAAAAGGCCUUCUUUUUACCAUUUGAGUGAAAUUGUGGAGAGCUUGUUGCCUGGAGAGUACAAAAAGAGCUACGAGAAGAUUCACUUGGACUUCCUGAAAAGUGAUCACCCAGCCGUCACACGCAUGAGAGGGGACUGUGACAAUGCUUACAUUGGUGUCACCUACAAGAAUGAAGACAAGCUAAAGGACAGGGAGAGCGGAUUUGAUGAGCAGAGGCUGAGUGCUGACAGUGGGUACAUCAUCCCCCUGCCUGACAUUGACCCUGUUUCUGAAGAUGAGCUUGGCAAAAGGAACAGGCACAGUUCCCAGACAUCUGAAGAAAGUGCCAUUGAAACUGGUUCCAGUAGCUCUACUUUCAUCAAGAGAGAGGAUGAGACCAUUGAGGACAUUGACAUGAUGGACGACAUUGGGAUCGACUCCUCGGACCUGGUGGAGGACAGCUUCCUGUAACCCCACGGGCACCUUCCAGCUCUGCACACGGGGAAGCUUGCCGUCUCAUCUACAGACUUCUGCUCCACAGAGAAAACCACUUUAUUGCAAUGUCAAGGUUGUGAAGAGGAGGUGGAUUUGUACAGAGAAACUCCCAGUGACGGGCAGAGAAAUCAGCCUGAGUAUGAAUGAAAGAAACAUGUUGAAGAUGGAUUUUUUUAGUGUUGCUUCUUGCAGUACUUCAGUAGCAUCUCAGUGUUGUUUGCCAUUUGAACUGGUAGGAGGACAAAGAAAAAGGCCACAAACAGACCAGUUCUGUGUUUCAAGGGCAUUCAUAUGACUCUGAUGGAUCGAAUUUCCACUG